AUGGGACUGUGGGAAAGGAGGGAAGACAACAAUGACCAAGGGGGGGUGCUACGCGACGGUGGUGAGCUCGAAGGGUGGUAUGGGAGGUCGGGGUUGGUCGUAAUCACGAAGGGAAGAGCUGGGGUGAGAUGGGCUACUACACCGUCGAGAUGGAGGCGGACGACGGUGGAGGAAGACUGUGGUCUACGUGUUUUGCCUUUUUUCUACUCUUGUCGGCAUCACAGAUUCGAAGGAGGAGGGUGGAGGAGGCUGGGAAAGUUUACCAAACUUAACUACUCCCACGUUUAUUGUCCCGGCGGGAUCGUAACCAUUGAUCUUAUAAAAACAACAAUAAAGGAAAACCCAUUUGUCAAGAACAUGAAGGAUAUGCCCCAUGAUUGCAUAGUACACAUCCUCUCUCGUGGGUCCCCUCGGGAUGCAUGUCGGUUUGCAGUUGUCUCUUCGGUUGUUAGGGACGCUACAGAAUCGGAUGUUUUGUGGGAUGAAUUUUUGCCAUCUGAUUACCAGGAAAUCAUAUCGAGAUGUGUGUCUCCUGUGAAGUAUAAAUCCAAGAGGGAUCUGUUCUUCAAGCUUUCAAGUCCCCUUUUGAUUGAUGGUGGCAUCAAGACAUUCUCAGUAGACAAAGCGACAGGUAAAAGAUGUUACAUGUUAAGUGCAAGGGAACUCAACAUCGCUUGGUCAGACAAUCCUCUCUUUUGGUGUUGGAAACCCAUUCUACAAUCGAGAUUUGCGGAAGCCGUGGAGCUUAGAAUGACAAGUUGGCUUGAAAUUGAAGGAAAAAUAAACACCAAACUCUUAUCACCAAAUACCCAAUAUCGAGCCUACCUCAUUGUCAAUAUGGCAUCUCAUCGUGCAUAUGGAUUAGACAUUUUACCAUCCGAGGUUUCAUUGGAAGUUGGCAAAUUCCUUUCGCAAGGGACGAUAAUCUUGUCUCCGAAACAAGGAUCGAGCUCAAAAAUUGGAGAAAAUAUAUCUAGGGUUUAUCAUGAACGAAAUGACGGAUGGUUGGAGAUAGAAUUGGGAGAAUUUUACAACGAUGGAAUACACGAAAAAGAUGUUAUAAUGAGAUUAAAAGAGAUUGAAGGUGUCCAUUUAAAAGGAGGGCUUCUUGUUGAGGGAAUCGAAAUUAGACCUAUCUAGUAAUAUUAUCAAAAUUGGGAGUGUUUUGUACCGUAAUAGAAAAUGUAACAUAUAUAACAUGAAACUUGUAAAAAUAU